GCAAUCGUGAAUGGAAUUAAAAUGUUGUAAGAAAGGACUAUUACACACCGUUGCCUGCAUAUUAUAAAUUAUAGUUUAUAAAAUAACAUCGACAGGGGACAACUUUACGAUUCAUCACAAAUUGGGUAUGCAAUUUCGGUUUGUCAUAUAUUGAGACUUGAAUAAAUUGAUUGUGCGACAAAACUAUUGCCAGUCGGAGAUAAAUAUACUAGGAGUCAGAUCUGUUUUGAUAAUAAUUUCUAAAAUCAGUGGCCUGAACACACUGCUGACGGCAUAAUAGUAGACGCUGGUUUCAAAGUUGCUGACUAAAGUCCCAAUCAAACAUGGCUGAACGAGAAACAACAGCCGAACCUGAACCAGAUAGGACAUUUGGACCAACGAGUAAAUUGAAUCCAGACCCCGAGGGAAUAUUUGAACCAACGAGUGAAUGGAGUCCGGAACCCGACGGGACAUUUGAACCAACGAGUGAAUGGAGUCCGGAACCCGACGGGACAUAUGAACCAAUGAGUGAAGCAGAGCUAACCCUUGAACCUCUUAGUGAGUUUGGUAACGGUGCGUCAUUUGAGCCGAACAGCGAGUUUGAACCCGAGCCAGAAACUGGUGAAGUGACACCAGAAAUGGUGAUUUUGCUAAAUAUUUACGCUAUUUUCAUUGCAUUGAUUAUUCUCGGGAACCUAUGCGUUGUGGUAACGUUGUUGAGCAAGAAGAAACUCCGUACAACCACAAACAUGUAUCUGGUAUCGCUCUCAUUGGCGGACUUGUUCAUAGGAGCAUUUGUGGUGCCUGCUGCCAUUAUGUCGCAGUUCUCCGAACAGUACCUUGGCUCCAUACUUUGUAAACUUUGCCAGUUCGUUUCACAUGGAUCGAUUGCAUGCAGCAUCUUUUCAAUACUUGCCAUAGCGUUGGAUCGCUUCAAUUCUAUAGCACUGCCGUUCAGAGGCAAGAUCUCUUUCAAACAGUCUAUCAUAACGGUUAUAGUCAUCUGGUGCGCCGCCUUCGCUUAUGCCUCAAGGGCCAUUAUCAUGUAUGACCUUGUCGUAGAGACAUUCAAUGGAGAUACAGGUUGGACAGCAUUCUGGACUUGUAGCAUAAGCCGUAUCUUCAAGCCAGUGUGGAACAUCGUCAUCCUCGUUGAUAGCAUCGUCUUGUUCUGGGUCCCUCUAAUUAUAAUCAGCUUAGUUUAUGGUAUCAUCUCAAAGAAACUUCUCAGCAUGCCGAUUCAAAAUAAGAAAGAUUCGCAUUCGAUUCGUGGCAAGCAGAGGGUCGUAAAAAUGUUAAUAACAUUAGUGGUUUUAUUCCUGUUGUGUCAUCUACCCCUCCAUGCUCUAUAUCUGUAUAUAUUUUGGGGCCCGGGAUACUUUCCAAAAUCUGUACUCGUAAUUAAAACAUUUGAGGUGUUCUCAUUUUCGAACAGCUGGUUAAAUGUCAUCGCUUAUUCCUAUUUCAACGAGAAUCUCAGGAAUACGUGGAAAGAAGAACUGGGAAAAUCAAAAUGUUUCAAAAAUCGAUUUCGUGUUUCACCAAUCAAAAUGUCGAGUAAAUCGGAUAUGACGGCUAAUUCUACAACUAAUACAUGCUCGUCAACAAGUAAACCACAACAACAGUCGAAAAUGUAAAGACAGUCAGCGAUGACGGGUAGAAUCGAGUUGUACAAAGCUGCAUUGAACAUUCGAAGCCGUUUAAGCCAGCAAACAGUGAGAUAAUUAAACUGUACGUAGGUGAAAGAUAUGCAAGGAAUCCUAUAUAGUUUCAAGUUUUAAGUGUGUUUAUUAAUAUAAUAUAUUUAAGUCAAUAUUUUAAUAACU